UCCUGAAACGAGCGACGAAAAGCCGGCGAACGGCGAAGGCUUCUUGAUCUAGAUCAAAAUGUGAAAACCAAGACACGUUUCAGUGUCAGAAAGGGAGCCUGUACUAUGACGGGAUGAAAGCUAGCGGACUGAGUGCAGAUUCACGCGAAUCCGCGGCUGAAGGCGGAGGUUUGUUUUGGCAGCGGGAGGAGAAACAGUGCGGCUCAUCGGAGCUGCCGGAUUAACGCGAGGCGUGAGGAGUCAUCCUGAGGGGGUUUGGACUGGUUUAACUAAGGCCCUCUAAGUCUUGUUACGAAGCACAGAAGGACAAGGAGUAACGUGUGCUUGAAGGAGACAGAGAGACAGCAGUGGGCGAUCAUGCCUGGCCGGAGCUCCAGGAGUAAACAGCAGCGCGCCGGGGCUGAGGACGGAGCGGAGAGCGGAGAGCCCCUCAGCACUUCUGUUAAAAAGAUGCUGAAAUGUGUGGUGGUCGGAGACGGAGCGGUGGGCAAGACGUGUUUACUCAUGAGCUACGCCAAUGACGCUUUCCCUGAGCAAUAUGUGCCGACUGUGUUCGACCAUUACGCAGUAAAUAUCACAGUAUCUGGCAGACAGCACUUGUUGGGAUUGUAUGACACAGCAGGGCAGGAAGACUACAACCAGCUGCGGCCCCUUUCCUACCCUAACACUGAUGUGUUCCUCAUCUGCUUCUCUGUGGUUAACCCAGCCUCAUUUUACAACGUACAGGAGGAAUGGGUUCCCGAGCUCAAGUCCUGCAUGCCUCAUGUGCCAUACAUCCUUAUAGGCACACAGAUUGACUUGCGAGACGAUCCAAAGACGCUGGCUCGUUUGCUCCAAAUGAAGGAGAAACCACUGACAUACGAGCAAGGCGUCAAGCUGGCCAGAGAAAUCGGUGCGCAGUGCUACCUCGAGUGUUCCGCGCUGACCCAGAAGGGACUGAAGACAGUGUUUGACGAGGCCAUCCUGACGAUCUUCAGCCCCAAAAAACAAAAGAAGUGCUGUAUAUCAUGCAGGAGCUGCUGUACUAUUGCAUGAUCACAGCAGCAUGAGGCUUAUCACCCAGUCAGCAUCUGCAAACAACCAGGAAUCAGUCUAUUUAAGGCAGGAAUGACACACGGCCAAAUUCCUUCCGUACCUGAAGAAGGGAAAUGAGACACAGCUGAGGGCCUUCCGCACUUUGCCUUACGACUACUGUCCUGAAAACGAGCAAAGUCACAUUUUAUUUCCUUAUUAAUCAUUUUCUGCCCUUUGGUUUUGAAAAUCUUCAGCUGUGUUUAUCUGGUCUGCUUAUAUUUAACUCCUAGGAUGCAGACUGACAAAAAGUGAUUGACAAAAGUUUCCCUUUGGGAUUUGGAAGCUCAAAACUCUCUAUAUAAAUGAGCGCAAUUCAAGUGCCUCGAUCAAUCAUCAUGCCAAAGACGGUUUGCUUUCUCACCGUAAGCUUUAUCCAGGAGUACAGGUCUCUCAAUCGUCACAGGGCGAUUUCCCAAAUUACCAGUGUAUAUAUAUAUAUAUAUAUACAUGUAUUUUUUUUUAUGGUUUAUACAUGUUAAACUCCAUAAGUACAAAAAUUCUGUGAAUCAAAUGUUGCAAAGCAACUCCUCUGUAAUGGAUUGUUUUCUUGCGUUUGGAUCAGAUCAAUAACAUUUCCUUUCUGCAGUCAUGAGUCUGAGAUGGUUAGUAUAGGAAACUCUCAGGAGGUUGGCCAAAUCAUUAAGAAAGAGGGCAGAUACAGAAAGUGCAUUAUAGAAUAGGGAAAUGCAACACAAAUUAGUUUUCCAAAAGAGCCGUUUACAUCUAAUGCGUGUUUCAAACAACACUCAAUGGUGCUACAUAUCUUCUAAAAACGCAUUUAUGCAGGUUAAAUUUUCUUAUAGACAGAUUUCUCUUUAGUUUUCCAUUCUUUCAUAAACGACACCCAGGGUUUCAGUAUCAGAGAUAUUACCAUGUAUAGCCGAAAACUACAGUAUAACCAGAGCUAUUUUAUUGCCAUUGUAGUACAGGAGCCAAUUGAAUACUACAUGUUUUUCCAAAUUUCCUCCCUAUUUCCCGCUUUAGAUUUAAUGUCACUGUGAUCGACACAGGACAGAGAAUAAUACUUUUCCUGCACGCAGCCAUUUUUGAGCUCAAGUUUCUUUUAUAAGAGUCGCUCAUUAUAAAAAAGUGGACACCCAGAUUUUUUUUUUUUGCCAUGCUUUUUUCUUGGCGCACAUCUUUGAAAAGAAGCUUAGCUGUCUCAUCCAUCGACAGGGCUUUUUGAAUCUGUUUUAUCGCUUCUUUGUCCCUGCUUGGAUUUUCCUUUUUUCAUGUGCCAUGAAAAUCCUCAAAGUGUAAAGCAGACGCUUUUAGUGUCUGUAUUUUGCGAUUGCACGUUCGUCAACACAACAAAGAGAAAAUUUUUACCAAUAGUCCAGUCUUUGUUGUAAUCUCCAACAGGAUCCAUAUACUGUUUACUGCACCCUUCUGCCAAAUCCACCUCCUCAUUUGACCUGAUUUGUGAACAUCCCUCAUGUUUAGGAGAAGCAGGGAGUCAAUCUUUGAUCUCCUCUCCAGCAUGAAUUUUGCUGUGUUCCUUCUUAAGAAAAUAUUAUAUCCAUGCACCAUUAAACAAAAUGGAGUAGUGCAGACGCCCAGGCAAUUUCUGACAUUCACUUAUAGCUUUCCAGUGAUACCAAACACACAGAUACACACACACCUCUUGUAAUACGCAAUCGCGCUGACACUAUAUUCAAUUGCCUUGUUGUACACUGGUUGCUGUUAAGUGGCACCUCAGGGACGAUUUCGGGAGUGAGCCACCUCCUUGUGAAGAUGCCCCUUACACACACACAAGGAAUGAGCCUGAAUUCCCAUGCCUUCCAUGUAGCACAGUUAGAUUAUUACCUUUAUUUUAUUUUUUUCAGACACUGUGCCUUAUAUCAUCCUAUGCAACAACUUGUAUACUGUAAUCAUACACAGAAGACCAGCAUUAGCCCUGGCCACAUUAACUAUAGUUUGAACUGUGUACUUGUAUCCUUUUACUAUUUAGAAUGUGAUAAAAAUGACCUUUUGUACAUGUAUUGUUUCAUACGCCAUACAUUAAGAGAGAGCAGUUACUAAAUCAGUAUAAUGAACUGGCAACUUGGUGUAUGACUGCUUUUCUUCUCAACUAUGUAUUUAUAGCUUAUUCCUAUUAGGUGUGAUUUAAAACAACCCGAAUUGUUUAACCAUUUUUAAUAUGCCAUUUAAAAUAUUGUUUUCAGUAAAUCAUACCGCGCCAUGCCAAUAUAAUAUAAUGGUAUAAAGACAAUAUGUGCAUUAUACAUGAGACAAUGUACUGAUUUGCCUAAUUUUGUAAAGUCACAACCUGUAAUUUAGGUGACAGGAUUGUACUUUCAAAGUGAUCUCAAUAUCACAAAGUCAUUACAAAUAAACAGGGGCAAAGGGCACUUACUGUUCUUCCUCAUAUGUUCUUCAGGACGUUUAGCUGAUCAUGUGACAUGCAAGGUAUUCCUAAUUUUCCAGAGGUGAAACAGUGAGGGACUUGACGUGCACAUUUUUCAUCACCUGUAUAUAAUUAUUAUAAGGUAUAUAUAUAAUAAUUAAAAUAAGGUAUAUAUUUAUUGGGAUAUACCAGGAAAAAACACUGUUCACUACAAGGGUUGUAUGUUUCAAUAUUUUGAAAAAAUUAUCUUUAUAUUAAACAUGCACAGACUAAAGUGUAAAGGACAAAGUGCACCCAGCGGGAUUGUGGCCUCGCAGUUCUAGGAUUGAGGAUCCGAGGGUUGAGGGGUGUUCGUGAAUUUUUCAUGUUCUCCCCAUGAUUGGUGGGUUUCCUUUGCAAUCCAAAGACAUGCCUAUUAAAAUAAUUGGUGUUUUUAAAUUAGGCUAAUUGGCAUUCCCAAAUUGCCCAUAGUGUGUGUAUGUGUGUGUGCCCUGCGAUGGAUUGGCACCCUGUCCAUGGUGUACCCCGUCUCAUGCCCUAAGACUCCUGGGAUAGGCUCUAGGACCCCUGUGACCCCAAGUACAGGAUAAAGCGGUAUAGAAUAAAGUGAGUGAGUAAAAUUUUAGUUAAUCUGUGUAUAUAUGAAAUGGAGACAUUUCAGGUCUAAGCAUAAUAAGCCCUAAAACAGAAUGGAAAGUUUUUUUAGUCCAAUGUAUAGACUAACAGGAACACUACCUACCUGGCCAAUGGGAUAAAAAAAAACAGGCUAAGAAAAGAAGCGCAUUAAGUGAUGCAGCCAUUACGCAUAGCGCCCACUGCACAAGUCUCUUGAGACAGUGUUAUAAUCUGGGGUUGUUUCAGUUAGUCAGGUCUAGACUCAGCAACAUUACGUUAAAAAAUAAAGUUAGCUGACGGCCUAAAUGUACUGUAUGACCAGAUAAUCGCACAUAUGACACAGGCAUAUGACAAUGCUAAAUUGUGAAGAAGUGGUUCAGGCAGCUUGAGGAAUCAUUUUCACGCAUGAACUUGCCAUCGCAGUAUUCUGACCUUAACCCUAAUAAACGUUGUUCUAUUUGAGCUGGAGUAGACUUUAUGGCGUGAUUUACUUUUCCCAUCAUCAAUACAAAAAUCUCCAAAAAUGUAUCCAGCUUUGGGUGGAAGUAAAUGUAGUCACAUUGCAUUAACACCACAAACACUGUUUUUAAGGUAAAAGUAAUUCAGCACAAUAUUAAUGUAUGUGCGCUUUUUGGUGUUUGUUUUGGGGGGGCAGAAAUAAUAAAUGGGCAAAUUUUCUAAAUGAAAAUGCUUCAAACUGAAAGACUGCAUUUAUAUCAAACAAUAAACUCUAGUAUAAUAUACAGUUGUCCUACUGUCUUUGAAAACGUUUAUAUUGUGUGUGCACACUGCCCUCUGCUGGUGAAAAUUUGCUUAAACACAAGUGCUAUAUCACAGUACAGUAGUACACAAGUACAGUACAUUUGUUAGAAUGUUUUGCUUGUUUUUUGUUUUUUUUUUGCAUUUAAGAGGAAACCUGCAAAGCAAAUCAGACUGACAUUUAUCACAGCAUGGUAUUCCAAGCAUUAAUAACUAUAAAAAUAGUGAAAUUUCCACUCACAUGGUCAUUAAUUCUGAUCAGUAUAGCUUGUCUUCAUAAGUUGCGUGAUACAAGUUAUAUAGUUGUUUAAAACUUAACUCCCCUCUGCAAGGCCACAUUUAUUUCCAUCCAGAGUCACAUAAGUUUUUCUCCACGAUCUUGUAUUGUAUUUAAAUCCCAAAGACCGUCAGUGGCCAAUCCAUGUGUGAAGUGAUGUCUCAAAUCAGCUAACAUUUUGAGCCUGGUGGUACUGGCAUAUGCCAUGAAGUCAAUCUACUGACCUUUAUUUUUUGGGCACAUAACGUUGCUAACCCUAAACAUGACUAGCUGAAGCAACACCAGAUCAUAACACUGCCCCAUAGGCUUGUACAAUGGGCACUAGGCAUGAUAAGUAUUGCUUUAUUCACCCUCUUACCCUGAUGCACCAAUUACUCUGGAACAAAGUAAAUCUGGACUUAUUAGACCACAUGACUUUUUUCUAAUGGCCACAGUCCAUUCUUUAUGCUUCCUAGCCAGUUGUUUCCAAUUAGCCUCAUUGUUAAUUGUUUAUCUUAAGGCUACUCAGAUGUUUAUUAACC